AAGCGGUUUGCUCAGCAGCGCCCGCGUCUCAGUUUCAUUUCGAGUUAUCCAACGUUGGCGAGCGGACAAGCAGGAGAAAAAAGCAAGCGUACCUCGUACGGCCAAGAGAAAGAGCAGGCGAAUCACCCACUGAAAUUUUCUUUUGCGCUCCGGUGAGAAGAUAAUUUCACAAACCGAAAACCAGCCAACAAAAAAAAAACAAAAGUGCGCUCCGUGAGCGGGAAAACAAUAACAAAAUCAAGAGACAAUCGGUUAUAAAACACACAAAAAACUGAGUGAACUAAAAAAACCAAAUGCGUGUCUCAUGUUUGACUGUACUGUGCAUUAAAUAAAUGUGACACAGACACAGACUGUGUCCGUCCUGCCCGAGUUUGUAUUCGUGAAAGCAGCGCGCCAAGCAGCAAGAAGAAGCAGCAACAGCAGAGGGAGUAGGAAAGCAGUGGCGUAGAGCGGAGGAGUGGAAAGGGGAUUUUUUGCGAAAAAUCCCGAUUUGGAGAGAAUUUUCCGUGGAACCGUGUAACAUUAAAUCGUCGUGUUGGAGACAAAUAGCAGCGAAUACGCUAGCAACGCUGGGGAGGAACAACAAUUGUUGGAUUUGGACGCGACUGCUCUGAUGUCGCUGCCAAUGAAUUCGCUGUAUUCGCUCACCUGGGGCGAUUACGGCACCAGCCUCGUAUCGGCCAUCCAAUUGUUGCGCUGCCAUGGCGACCUCGUCGAUUGCACGCUGGCAGCCGGCGGGCGGAGUUUUCCCGCCCACAAGAUAGUCCUAUGCGCCGCCUCCCCCUUUCUGCUGGACUUGCUCAAGAAUACACCAUGCAAGCAUCCAGUGGUGAUGUUGGCCGGCGUGAAUGCCAACGACCUGGAGGCGUUGCUGGAGUUCGUGUACCGCGGGGAGGUGAGCGUUGACCACGCCCAGCUGCCCUCGCUGCUGCAGGCCGCCCAGUGUCUCAACAUCCAGGGACUGGCCCCGCAGACGGUGACCAAGGACGACUAUAUCACGCACUCGAUCCAGCUCCAGCACAUGAUACCCCAGCACCAUGACCAGGACCAACUUAUUGCAACGAUCGCCACGGCCCCACAGCAAACGGUGCACGCUCAGGUGGUGGAGGACAUCCAUCACCAGGGCCAGAUCCUCCAGGCAACGACCCAGACCAACGCAGCAGGACAACAGCAGACCAUUGUGACCACGGACGCGGCUAAACACGACCAGGCAGUGAUUCAGGCAUUCCUCCCGGCACGCAAGCGCAAACCGCGCGUCAAGAAAAUGUCACCUACGGCACCGAAAAUAAGCAAAGUUGAAGGAAUGGACACGAUCAUGGGCACACCGACCUCGUCGCACGGUUCGGGAUCCGUGCAGCAGGUGCUUGGCGAAAAUGGAGCCGAAGGCCAGCUGCUGACAUCCACACCGAUCAUCAAGAGCGAAGGACAAAAGGUGGAAACGAUUGUGACUAUGGACCCCAACAACAUGAUACCGGUAACGUCGGCCAAUGCGGCAACUGGCGAGAUAACGACGGCACAAGGAGCAACUGGAUCAUCCGGCAAUACGAGCGGCGUGGCUUCCACGCCAAAGGCAAAACGUGCAAAGCAUCCACCCGGAUCAGAUAAGCCUCGCUCGCGGUCGCAAUCGGAACAACCUGCUACGUGCCCCAUUUGCUAUGCUGUCAUUCGUCAAUCGCGGAACCUGCGGCGCCAUCUCGAGCUGCGCCAUUUCGCCAAGCCAGGCGUGAAGAAGGAGAAGAAAAGUAAGUCCGGUAACGAUACAACCCUAGACUCCAGCUUGGAGAUGAACACCACGGCAGAGGGCGACACCACGGUGGGCAGUGAAGGACCAGUCGGAGUCAACGAAUCAGCAGGAGGACAAUCAUCCGCAACCAGUGGCAAAAAGUCGAGUAGCGGAUCGAGCGGUUCGGGAUCGGGAGGCAGUGGAGCAAUGAGCUCCAGCGGCGGUGUGCCCCAGGUGCAGACGGUGCAGUCCCUGCACACGUUGCAGGGUGUGCAGGUGAAGAAGGAUCCCGAUGCCCAGCAGCAGCAGCAGCAGCAACAACAGCAGCAGCAACAGCAACAGCAGCAGGCGAUGACAGUGAGCGGAACGGCGGGCGGUCAAGUGCAACAGCAGCAGGUGCAGCAAGUGCAACAGCAGGUCCAGCAGCAACAGCAGCUGCAGCAUCACCAAAUCAUUGAUUCCUCGGGCAACAUAACAACGGCAACGACGAGUGCUCAAGCCGCCGCUGCCGCUCAGCAACAGGCAGCCGGCCAACAACAACUAGUGGCUCAAACCGCCGAUGGCAGCGAAGGUGGAACACCGCUUUCGAUUGCCCAGGUGCAGACGCUGCAGGGCCAUCAGAUCAUAGGCAAUCUAAAUCAGGUGAAUAUGACUGACUUCCAGCAACAACAACAACAGCAGCAACAGCAACAGCAGCAGCAGCAACAACAGCAACAGCAGCAGCAACAACAACAGCAGCAACAGCAAACACAACCACAACAGACGCUCUGAUCGGACCGAAAACCUAGAUCCACUAUUCAAUAUAAUUAAUUAAUUUGGGUUUUUGCUAAACGCUUUAAAUAUUCUCUUUGCGGAAUGCGUAGAUAAAUUCUAAAUUAAUUUUUUUAAAAAGCCAGCUAGGCACCUUAGUUGUUUACAAUUUUGUUGUACAAUUUUUAUGAUUUUAAAUGUUGAUUUCCCCCCCCUAUAAUUUAGUUUUGUUGCUAAAGUUACUAUUAAGUGCGCUAUGGUUAUUGGAAAUUGUGUGGAUAUCUUUUAUCUUAUACGCAACUAAUUGUGUAGUUAAACCAAUGUCCCAAUGCUGAAGGAUUAAAUUGAAAUCCUUCAUAUCAGUGAAGGUCCCCUUGUUCAUGGCCAGAUUUUGGCCUUGAGCGAUUGCACCUUCUUAUUAAAGCAAUCAAUUUAAUAUUAAUACAUCUUAAUAGCUUAAAAAAUCCCUGAGCUAUGGAGAUAUACUUAAGUAGCUCAAAAAGUGUUGAUCUGAUCAAAUGAGAGCUCGCUCAAGUCGGUUUUUGAAAACCCAAAUACUUGUCUGCCCACCAACAACCACUAAUCAAUCAAUUUAUCCUUGCGGUUUCCCUGCUUUCGAUUUUGAUUUAAGGACUAUGCGCUCUAAGUUUUAAUCGAACCAAUUUUAUAUGUAUAUUUCUUAAUUUUAAUAGUUGGAAAUUUUUCUUAAUCUUUAGACCAUAUUGCUCUGUUUCACGUAGAUGGAUUAUUUCUCCAUAAAAUUAUGAUUUAAUUAUGUAAAUUUAAACGCACGGGGAUAAUCCGUUUACCUGAAGUGGUCAAAUUAUUGUUAGUCAUUUUAAAUACUUAAAUAAAAUUUAAUUUUAUUUAAACAAAAAAAAAAAGUAA